GACGCCUGCUGCGCUCUCAGAAACACAUGCACAUUGACAUGGCUGAGCCUGACAGGCUGAUGUUGGAUGUACCUGACAGCCUGUUCAUGAUGGAGGAGGCUGAGGGAGCCCAGGACCCCUUCUUCGGUCUCAUGGAAAUAGCCCAGCUACCCAGCCCCUAUAAAGUUCACCAGCCAGUGAUGGUGAUGGAAGAGGCAGCUUCACAGCACACGCUGCUGCCCGGCUCUCAGACCUCGUCUGACAAGGAGGGUUUCAGGUCCCCUCCGGCUGCCAUCACCCUGAGAGAGAAGGAGCAGUUCGUCAUCACCACUGCUGAGCAUUUUGAGGGACCAGACAUUCCUGAAGCCACGGCUCAAGAUAUUGACAUGCUGAUGGACCAACAGGACCAGUUCUAUGGAGAUGUGCAGGAGAGGGAGAGACAGAGGCAGGCAGAGGAGAAAGAGGGCGCCUGGGAGUUUGAAGGAGCCGUGACCUCAGUUGACCUGCUGAAAGAGGCAGCACCGGGUCCAGACAGGGACAGCGUGUGGCUGCUCGACGAGGAGACGGGUCAGCCUGUGGAGGUUCCCCUGGCAACUGUUCCCGUGGAGAUGACCCCCCCACUGGUUGCCAUGCCCACCCCACCGCCCAAGUCCUCUGGAAAAGACGGCGAGUCAGAGAGAGCGACAGAGAGUUCCUGUAGAGAGGUGGCUGUUGGUCCACACAGGAGGCCCGGUGGACGUCGCAGGCGUCAGCUCGUCUUCGCAGAUCCACAGGUCCAGAUUUCUGACAAGGACCUGAAGGAGCAGAUUGGAAACCUGCGGGCUGAGACACUGAGCCUGCCUGAGAUGUUGUUGGAUUUGCCCCCACUGACCAAGUGCAAGACUCCUGCUCAGCUCUUCAGCGCCCCCACUGCCUCGCUCCUCCACCCUGACCUCCAGUUGCUAUGGAAACAGUGUGCCCAAAUCGCCGUCUUCCCUCGACAUGGGGAACAACACAGAGGAGGGGAGGAAGAUGAGGAGGAGGAGGAGGAGAGAGGGGAAUCUGAGCAGGACAGAGAAAUACUGAGGACAGAGAGAAAGAGGAGGCUAUCCAGCAUGAUCCCCAGGGACUCAGUCGACCCGGGACUGUAUCCCACAGAGGCCUCAUCUGUCUCAGAUGUGAUCCUGGAUAUGUCCAAAGAGGACAAAUCCAAUAGUGACCUGAUCACUCCCAUUGGCAGAUGCUCUCCACAGGAGGAGGUCCAGGUGCCGAUGGAGCCCAUAUUGGAGGAAAACAUUGAGAUGCCUGAGGCUCAGAGUGACUCUGUCUUUCUCUGCAGUUUGAUCUCCUCCAGCCACCAGAGGGUUGGGGAAGUCACGUUUGACUCUCUGCUGCCCCCAGAGGCCGACAGCACCACUGCAGCCCACACAUUUUACUGUCUGUUGGAGCUGCUGUCUGCCCAACAGCUGACCGCCCGGCAGACCGAGCCCUACACUGCCAUCACCGUCCUGCCUGGAGCGCUCACCGGGGCUGCCUGAGGAUCUCACACACACAUACACACACACACACACACACACACUUACAUCACAGUAAAGUCAUAUCUUCAUUGUCGUCAAGUUCAUAGCUCUCACUUUUUACUGUUGGACACUGAUCCAGUUUUUAUUCAAAAUGUUGAUCCUGUGAUGUUUUAUCAACAACAUGAGAUCAUAUUUCAAAUUUUUAGAACACACUUCAUUAUAAAAAGAUGAUGACAGAUUAAAUGUUUUUUUAUCCAUGUGAAAUUACUGUGAAAUUUUUAUACGGCUGUAUUUUGCUUGUAUCCAGUGUUUUUAAACAAUAUUUUUAAAAACUUUCUAAUUUAUUCAUAUUAAUAUAUACUCAUAUUAUUACUGUUGCAUUAUUUCACAUGCUGUUAUUGAUGUUUUUGUCAAAGAUGCAGGGUUUUGUACAUUUUGUACCUU